CACGCACCACUCCCCCAACAGCUGCAGUCUGGAAGAAAUUACUCUUCUAAACAGCCAGACUUCCCUACUUUCAGGAAAUUCCAAGCUGGGAACGGGGAGGGGCCGGGCUGGGGGCGCGACCGUCCAUCCCCCUAGCUCUGCCCCUGCAUUCAGCACGUCCAGUCCUGGUCUCCUCCUGCGCCCACUAUCCGCUCAAAGGGCUCUCAGCUUUUCCACCACUAAGGCUUUCUAGUCCUUUAAAUCCUAGAGGCAAACUUUGGGGGAAUAAGGAAGGCUGGGAGGGGCCUAUGGCUUAACCCUCUCAACCCGGGACAAGAAGUUAAGACCAACUAGGCUAACUGGGCGUUGACUCUGCGCUCGCCUGGUAGGCUACCAUGGCCCCCGAGAGGGGAUGAAGCUUAGUUCCUGGUGCAGGUGAGAUCCCGCCCGGGAAAAGAAGGAAAAGGGCGCCAGUGAGGUAGCCUCCGAGGCCAGAAGGGACCAGAGCUUGAGCCGGAUUCAGUCAAGACCACGAGAUGCCGGUGCUGAAGCAGCUGGGCCCUGCGCAGCCCAAGAAGCGACUGGAGCGUGGAGCACUGUCUAUCUCAGCGCCCCUUGGAGACUUCAGGCACACAUUGCAUGUGGGGCGCGGUGGCGAUGCCUUCGGGGACACCUCGUUCCUGAGUCGCCACGGGGGCGGCCCACCCCCUGAGCCCCACACGCCACCAGCCGGGGCCCCGCAUUCUGUUCCUCCACCUGCAGUUCCACAAGCCCCUGCACCUGUUCUCCGAGUGCCUUCACCUGCGGACCCGCUGUUGUCCUUUCACCUGGACCUGGGCCCCUCUAUGCUAGACGCGGUGCUAGGCGUCAUGGACGCGGAGCGUGCUGAAGCAACAGCCACCAAGCCUGUUGGGGACACCCACCCUGGAACGCAGCACCAGAAGGCCCGCUGCCGCCCCAAUGCUGACCUCCCACUGGACGACGUCAUAGGCCUGUAGUGUCCUGAUUCCUGCACCCCUCAGUCCCGCCCAAUAACCCACUUUUGUACACAUAAAUGGCUGAGGUUUGUGCCAGUGCUGUGUCUGUUCACUUUUUACGGGAAGGGGUGCAGAGGCGGGACAGUGGUCGAUUGCCACCAACUGAAAGCCAAGUCCAG